AUGUAUUGUAGGCAAGAACAGAAAUUAGUCCAACUACCAGAGAGCACAAACUUGGAACACUUAUGCAAGUUGAACAUUCGCGAGCAACCGUAUCUGGUACGAAAAACCGGCAUCAUUUGCACUAUUGGACCAGCAUGUCGGAGUGUAGAGAAGCUCCAGGAAAUGAUUAUAAAUGGUCUAAACAUUGCUCGAAUGAAUUUCAGCCAUGGGACACAUGAGUAUCAUGCGGAAACAAUCGCGAAUGUUCGAGAAGCUGCACAAAGCUUCAGUGAGCCACGUCUGAUUGCAAUCGCUUUGGACACGAAAGGUCCGGAGAUACGUACUGGACUUCUGGAAGGAGGAGGGAGCGCUGAAGUUGAAUUAAUAAAAGGGAAUAAAAUUCGACUAACCACGGAUGCAUCUAUGGAGAAUGUUGGAACAGCUCAAGAUUUAUUUGUAGAUUACAAAAAUAUCACGAAGGUGGUCAGCGCUGGCUCACAGAUUUUUAUCGAUGACGGUCUCAUCUCACUAGUUGUUGAUUACAUUGAUGGCAACAGUCUGUAUUGUACUGUUGAAAAUGGGGGUAUGUUGGGAAGUAGGAAAGGUGUUAAUCUACCUGGUACACCAGUCGAUCUACCAGCGGUCUCGGAGAAAGAUAUCAAAGAUUUGCUUUUUGGUGUCGAGCAGAAUGUCGACAUUAUAUUUGCAUCGUUCAUACGGAGUAGAGAAGGUAUUCGUACAAUAAGGAAAGUUAUGGGUGAAAAAGGAAAGCACAUUAAAAUCAUAGCAAAGAUUGAGAACCAAGAAGGCGUCGAUAAGGCCGAUGAAAUUAUCGAGGAAGCUGACGGUAUUAUGGUAGCAAGAGGUGAUUUAGGCAUAGAAAUCCUUCCCGAAAAAGUAUUCUUGGCGCAGAAAAUGUUGAUUGCUAAAUGUAAUCGAGCGGGAAAACCAGUUAUCUGUGCUACACAAAUGCUUGAAUCAAUGGUGAAAAAGCCAAGACCUACUCGUGCUGAAGGUAGUGAUGUAGCAAAUGCUGUUUUGGAUGGUGCCGACUGCGUCAUGCUUAGCGGUGAAACAGCGAAAGGUGAUUAUCCGGUAGAAGCACUGAAAAUCAUGCAUCAGAUAUGCAAGGAAGCAGAAGCAGCGGUAUAUCACACACGAUUUUUCGAGGAGCUGAUGCAUAUAACUUCAAAACCAACGGAUAUCGCGCAUACAGUUGCAAUCGCUGCGACUUCAGCAGCUACAUCCUGUCAUGCCAGUGCGAUGAUUCUAGUGACCACUACAGGAAGAUCGGCCAGUUUGGUAUCACGCUAUCGCCCGAUGAUGCCCGUAUUCGCGGUAUGUCGGGAUGAACAAGUUGCUCGACAACUUCAUCUUCUGCGUGGAAUAUUUCCCCUUCAUUAUGAAGCUAGUCGAGAAAUAGACUGGUCAAGCGAUGUUGAUGCCCGAAUCAGCUAUGGUCUAUCGAUUGGUAAAACCCGCGGUUUUAUCAAGAGAGACGAUUUAGUUGUUGUCAUUACUGGUUGGAGACAAGGUGCUGGACAUACGAAUACGUUGCGUAUCAUCAAAGUACCGUAA